GCUUUCCGUCAUCCCAUUUGGGCGGGAGAGGAGCAGGAGUGUUCCUGGAGGGCGAAGCGAGGAAGAUGAGCUCCUUCCCAUUCGAAAGCCCUAACUCAGGCAGGCGUUGGCGAUUCACUUGGGAAAGUCUGGCUCAUAUCCCCAUACUCCGUCUCUACCUCUUCAACCUAGAGAUCGGCGAUACCUCUGCCGUCUGCCGCUUUCUCGAGGGCUCGCUCAGGCUCGACCGUUCCCUCCUCCUUGUUUCUUGGCGGCUUGACGACGAAGCAACCUUUAGCAACGGGAGAUCAUUCCUUUCGAUACCGGUUCCUAGAGUUCUGAUUGAUCCGGGAUGCCCCGUCGAAGUCAAGGCGAUGGGAGACCAUAUCGAAGCAAAGCUUAUUCUCCUUCUUCCAGUGGAUCAUCCCGUGGAGGCAGAGCUAUGGAGCGCUCCUGGGAUAGAGGUCAAUAGGAGCCUGUCUCUUUCUAUGGGUUCUGAUAUAGAGAAAUUUUCUUCUGAAGGGGUGAAUUUUUUCUGCAAGUCCUGCUCAACAAAGUUAACCAGGCAACCUCUCAGAAACUUUGUGGAAGUUCCAUCAAUGAAUUGGCAAGAGGUGGCUGAUAAUUGGUUUGGGGGAUGUUGCUCAUUUGGAGGAGUAAGUGAAAAGUUGGUAUCUAAGUACUUGGAAACUUUUGAUUUUAAAGAGGGAACGUGUUUGUUAGAUAGAGCUUCAGCUGCUGUCUGUGAGCAUGAUCUUGAAGGUACUGUCUUGGAAAGUGCCACUUUAGAUUUCACAGUGAAAUAUUCUGAAUCCAAUGAUACUAGUGCUGUGAGUUGUGAUUUUGUUGCAUCACGAGCAUGUCCAGGCACUGAAGCACAUGUAGUGGAUCUAUCUUCAAAUGCUUAUAGUAAUCAGCUUGGUUUGGUUGGAGCACAAAAUGAUAUCAACAUGGAUUGCUUGAAGCCUAAUUUUAAUCAUUUUUCACUACGUAAUGAGAAAACAUUUACAGACGCUAUUGGUGAAAGGAUUUCAAAAUGUGACUUCUAUUGUUGCAUCACUGAGAAAGCACAAACAUCUGGCCAUGCUGAUGGAAGAACUGAAUCUGAAGCAUCAACAUACAGUGCCCAACAAUCUUUAAAAGUUUAUGGAAGUGGUUUUAUGGUUACCCCUGCCAAUCUUUCAAAUGAUGUAGAGUGCUUUGAAUUUUCUUGUAGACAUUGUUCAUCUCCUCUGGGUUCUUAUUCAUGUGUACAGGGUAGAACCGGUCCAGUAGUUGGUGGAAUUCGAUUAUUUAAGUGUUACAUAUCCACUUCUACUCCUGCUGGUGCUCCUGAUGAUACAUUCAAGAAUUAUACUCUGGAAAAUAUAUUUUCACAUCUUCUAAUUGAGGGAGCACGAGAUGAAUUAUCAUUCCGUACUAUGGUUUGUGAUCUGAGGACAAAGUUCCCAAUGCUGCAAAUUGUCCUCUUGAAUUCAAGAGCUUGGUGCUGCUCUGGCUUUUGCUAUGAAAAUACUGUAACAAGAGAACUUCCUGCAAUGCAUAUGCAACCUGUCGUUAAAGUUCUUUUUUCUGAUCGCAGUACUCCCACAGAAGCCAAUUCAAUGAUUAAUAAAGAUUGGUCAGGCAGGACUGGAACCGAAGAAGUGUACAUGAUGAAUCGUGAGAUAGAAGAACUUAGAAGAUCAUUGAAAUCAUCAAUUGCCAAACUUCCGCAUUCAUGCACUUCUUUGCAAGGAAUGUCUCUGUCAUUCCUCGGAAGAUAAGAAAAAUUUGUCAUCUGCCUAUAUUUUAUGUAACUCGUAGUCGUGACAGAAUUAUUUAUUACCAUUUUGAAUUAUUGAAAGUAUUUUAUAUGCCAUAUUGUUUAAUUUGUUGACAAAGAAUGCCUUGGGAUGACUGCGAAGGUGUACUAUGCUAUACAAAAGAAGAAAGAUGAUAAUGACUGUGACUAUAUGCCAUACUGCUUUACUCAGCCAAAAAAUUUCUGAAA